CAGCGGUCUCACAUGUGUCAUAACCUUCAAACAGAAAAUAAAAACAAGGUCCUGGUCUAACGCUGGUUGACCUGCUCCAUUUAUGAUUCUUUCAGACGAUACUCCAACUUCCCCUCUGAAGAGUCCGGGACAAGCUCUCGAUGCCAGCGACGGUCAGCAACCUCCUUCCUACGGCGCAGCUGUCAACCAACCAGGACGAUCGACACCUUAUCCUGCUUCUGCGCAGCCUUAUGAUUCUGCAGGAUACUCAUAUCAGCAUGUUGUCCAACCUCCGCUCCAUUACCCUGAACUAGUCCCUCCCCAACGAGAAAGCGCAGCAAAGCGGUUUUGGAAAGCUUUUCUUGUAGCAAUACUCAUAUGGGCCCUAGUGACGAUGCUAUUUGGAAGCAUAUUCGAUAUCUCGGUGCGGAAACACGGGCAUGAAUGGCUCGACGAUGCUCAAGAUGACCUCCCUGCAGGUGUUUCUGUAGAUCGUUGUGUCGGAGUACAGGUGCAGAAAAACUCUAUCUAUCCGUCUCCAGAUACUGCGUAUGCUGCCUUCGAGUUUCCCGUUUCGUCCGAAGCAUUGUUGGUGGUGGCAAGAGGUUCAUUAUCGAAUGGACGCUUUCGCGUUACUGGUGGUGCUGGUUCCAGAUCUAGUACCCUGGCAAAACUCGAGGUCUCCGUCAGGUUCUACCGUAUGGACGUUUUGUCAAAAGCAAAGAUAUGUACGAUUCAACGAAAGGACGGUGAGGUCGGCGUAGCUAUCUUGACACCCAGGUGGUCGCCUGAUUGGGGUCACGAAUCAAAGCUUUACUUUGAUAUCAAAUUAUCGUUCCCCGGAUCUUCCGGUUCUGCUCGUGGUUUGAAUGUCAAGAGGCUUGAAACCGAUUUGCCCAAUUUCAGUCAUGACAUCGACCAUUCACUCGAAAAUGUGUACUUUGAAGAUAUUGUCCUGAAAGGAAACAAUGGAUACAUUCUUGCGGAGUCACUUGCUGCCCGAAACGCGAAGAUAAUUACCGGCAACGCCCCAAUAACCUUAAUGACCAUCGCUGCCGAGAACAUUGACGUUGAAACUUCGAACGGUGCUAUUAACGGCCACUACAUUGCAAACGGUUCUCUGAAGCUCGAAACGAGCAACUCUCCAAUCAAGGUUGAUGUCGACCUGAGUGCUCCCAUACGCAAGAUCGGUGAACUAUAUCUAAGAACGUCCAACAGUCACAUCACGGCAGAUGUCAACUUCCAUUCGUUUGACAAGGAUACAGGUAAAGAUAGCGAUUUCACGCUCGAUGCUAAAAGCUCGAACGGCGGAAUGAGUCUCAACGUCAAAGACAUGCCUCUGGACUCGAGACUCAGUAUGAACGCCAAAACUUCAAAUGGCGUAGUGAACGUCUGGCUUCCCCCGAUGUAUGAGGGCUCAUUCGAUCUCCGGACAUCUUUCCCGAUGUCACCGACCGUGUAUGUGGAGGAAAAGGAUGAUCCUUGGCGUAAGGGAAGGUCAAGGAAGAUGGAACGGUGGUCUAAUACAAAUAGAGAAUCGACGGGUGAUGUGUACUGGGGAGAAAAAAAGGAUGGAAAGUCGAGUUUGACAGUUAGGACGUCGAAUGCCCCUGUGACAUUAUACUUGUAGUAUAAUGGGAGGGAUCUAUGGUUAUGCUAUCGGUAUCCUUGCUUGUAAUAAUGUACACUUGUAUAAAUAUCACGGCG